CCACCGUCGCCCCUCUCUUCCCUUUCCUUUCCACGGGACAUCAUGAUGAGCUGUUCAAGCUGUUCCUGAAAUCCAUUCAAGCGCCUCAGACAUGCCGGUAUAACGGUCCUCUAUAUGCCAACACCUACACAACUCCUGCCCUUCCACCGUUCCACCAUUCUCUGGCUGUCCGGCACAGUCGCAACUUUCGCACCCGAUAGAGGAACCAAUCGUAACGACCCGGUCAAUGCGGAUUGCCGCCCAGCGACCGGAGUAUACUGAAGCGUACAUAUACUUGGCGUCUUCCAGGUACUCUCCUUGCGAAGGGGUGCUUCCAUGUACAUGGUAGGACGAUUUCAGCCGAUGUUUGCGCAGUCGCCGACGGGCGUCUCAGAAAAGUCCAGAUUGCAAUACAUGUGACCAAACAACUGGCAGCAGGCUUGCUCGCAGUUUUUGGCCUUCCGGGCCCAGUUCCCAUCCUAUUUGCGCUCGCAGUCAUUGCUGAGUGUCGAACCCUUGGAUACGCAACCCUCUUAAUUUGAUGCGCCCAUAUCUUCCGUCUUCGGUUCCUACAUUUUCCAACAGCGACAGCAGAGGAGGAUCAGCGUCUCGCGCAAUACUGAAGAUACAAGACCACAACACGCAAGUGUGGUAGAAAGCUCGUUAUAACAUUGGGGGCCUGGUGUCCCUCGUUGUUACAUUCUACACUAGUUGUUCGACGGAUUGCAAUGUCGGUGGAGCCUGCCUCGUGCUUCACGGAUGAUGAUAUAGUUGAUUCCAAAACCUACAGCAGACGCUCAUCUGUAUCUGAGGCGGAGUUAAUCGAUCGACAAUUGAGUCAUUUGAAAGAGGAGAUCCUUCCGUUCUACCCUUUCCUCCUUACCGUUCCUACUGAUGUGCCCUUUCGCCUUGGGGGGCGUUUUGUUAACAAUUGGGCAGUGGGUAAUGACGGGCCAUUUACUCCCGACGAACAGCAACUUCAAUACAUGACGUUUCUAACACAUCAAGAAGGCGAAUCUUUACUUGUUCCUGUUGGCGAUUGGUCGGACGAGUCAGGGAACGCCAUGCCCGACCAGCGUUCAGGGCCUGAAAGCACCACGAGCACACCACCAAGCGGAUCUGUCAAGCCAAAGAUCACCUUGAAUGAUUAUAGGAGCAAACGAAAGAACGGCGCUUCAUUAUCGCCUAGCUCCAAAGAAACAAAGCAAGGCGUCUCAAUGACGCACCCUAUCGAGGCUAACCAACGACACCUCGCCGUCCGUUCACCGAGAAGCAAUCCCAAGAGGUUAACCGAAAGAAUAUCACCUUCUCAACAUGCGCGCACAGAUCCUGAGAAAGCGGAGCGCAAGCGACCGUUUGGGAGCGACCAUGAACCGUUGAAACCCCAGGAAAGGAAGCCCCCACAAAAUGUUUCUCCAAAAAAACCGAGAUUAUCACCCGCAAGCCCAUCGGGACCAGUCAGAAACGACGGCGCGAACUGCGAUGGACUCCCGGCUCUACUGUCACCUACUCUUCCACCAGCAUCGGGCAGUCCUCGACUACCUCAGCUAUUAUCCCCGACCCUCCCUCCCCAUAUCGAGAAAGAACUUGCCAACCUCGGCGAAGAGCCUUUGACCAUCGAUCCGUCACAACAAAAAAAUACACCAAGUGGCGAUAACUUGAAAGCGAAACACCCAAAAAUUAGGCAUUCUGACCAUGUUACCCCGCAGAUUCACCACACGCCCGCUGGUGAUUUGCAGAGCCCGCGGAGUAAUUUCACAAAACAAACAUCCGACAAACGUCUCUCUAGUGGCGUGGACCUUCUAAGCCCCCGUUCCUCGCAGAGUAUCAAGGCCGAGUCUUGCCAGGUCGACGAGCAGCCCUCGCAGGCAAACUACCCGAGGACCGUGGGUCGUAAUACUGUGGUCAAACAGCAGCUCAUUGUGAGAUUGAAGUAUGGAAAAUUGAACAAGAAACGUGUUGAAGCACUUCUCAAAUUCUCUGGCAAGAGAAAGCCGGCACCGUCAAACUCGCCCAGAAAAGAACCUUCCGACGACGAGUCUCUGUGGGAGACAAAACCCGACCCGAUCACGACAAAAGCCCCGGUUCCUACCCAUGUCGAUCGCAAAAUCCAGCAGACACCUGGAAUCUCCAAACAUGCAGGAGCCAUUUCCACUAGGGGAAGUCCGAAGGAACCAAGACUUCCUGCCCCAGAAAAACCAAGGACGCCAAUUCCCGGAUUACCGAGUAACGCGCCCCAUAAGCAAGACAGAAUGAAGCAGAUAUCGAUGACGCCGGUGAGAGAUCACCGGAGUCAAGCACAUCGCCCAGACACGGCUGGUCUUGAGGCUAGAAGUGCCCAUUCCGCCGUGAAAACCUCGUUUGGCGACCCGAGGUCUUCUGCGGCUAACGCCCCUCCGCAAUCAUCCAACCACGCGUCUUCACGAACUGGCGAGCGGAAGAGUUGGAAAGACGAAUAUCAAAAACACGGGAAUCUCGGUCGGGAGCUGAAACAUGCUGCGGAACGACAUACCGCCAAAGACGAUGUUACUGACGCUGAUGAAAAGCUUGCUGUCGCUACGGCUAUCGAAGCUAUCCUAUGCUUUAUACUGGCCUUUGUUGCUGAUGAUCAGCACAAGCUUUUGUCUCGUCAGACUGGUGAUUCAUCAACUUGGCUAUCUAUCAUUGCAUACUGGCGUGUGGUGAAAAAGAAUAGUAUCCCGUAUCCCCGACUUUACAGCCUUUGUCUACUCCUCGGUGCUGUAUCAUACAGUACAAUUCACGCUCUUGACCUAGAGCGACUUACCGUCACUCCGCUCCCAUGGGAGUCCACACAUGUGUCGACUCAAGGUAGCAACGGAAACAAUGUCGCGUCGGACGAGAAUAGAAGGUACCAGAGGGAAUUGACUGACUUGAAGAAACGACUCCCGGAUGUUUAUAAAAAGUCACAGAAACUCUGGCUCGAAGGGUCACGGGCGCUCCCCGAAGAUGUUCUUAUUCAUGAAUUUCCCGAUACUUGGUCCAAGCGCUCUAUGGAUUACUCCCAGCAGGGAAUCUUGCAAUUGAAAGCUGGUGACUUUGCAGGGGAGUUUUUCCUGCCGGUUGGGAGGAUUACUUCACCCGUAGAAAUGGUGCGCUUUGGCUACGUUAUGCUGAAGGAAUGGUGUGCCAAAGAGAAUGUCGGCUGGAGUGGUCGGCUGAGGCUGUGACCGUCAAGCUUUCUUCAUUUUCACUCUACCUCUCGACAUAAUACAAUCCCUUUCUUAUUGAUGGUCUUUGUUGUUCUCCAUUGGUGUUCUAAGGCUUGGUGAUGGAGCGUUUCGCAUAUGAUUGUGGUUUACUGUAGCUUUUGUCAUGC